CUUCCACAUGGGCUUCAUCGUUUGAGACCGGAGGUUGCCGCUUGAUCUUCAUAUACUAAAUACUGGAGCACUGUGCUCCUGCAGGUGGAGAACAUCAUUAAAACCAACCUUAUUAGACACAAUGUGCAUAUUCACUGUCAUGUAAUGUUGUCAGUAUGUUCUCUUUUGUUCUUUAACAUUGUUUUAACCAUCUGAAAAGAGAAUUCCAAACUGUGAUGUCACAAAGACCUUUUAGAACCUUGCCCCACAGACUCUGCAGAAACAUAGACUUCUCUUAUUUCUGAACCAGUGUGAGAAUAAUCAAUCAAGAUGGCCGAGAGCAAUUCAAACUCAUCAACCCAAUCCUACAUCGACAGCGAUUUCAUGGAACCGCAACUUCCCUAUAAUUACUUACUGCUGGGGGAGCUGGGACAGGGAGCCUACGGGAAUGUGAUGAAGUGUGUAAAAGUGGAAACCGAGGAGGUCUUAGCUGUGAAGAUCCAAUAUAGUGAGAGCGAUUUUAAAGAUGAAAUGACCCUGAUGGAGUAUUUCAAGAGGAACCACCUGGACGAGAGCAACAUCGUGCGGUUUGUUGAGGCCGUCGAGAUGACGGGUAGCGCGGGGACUCUGGCAUUCGAGAUGCUGGAUUUGACUUUGGAUACAUUCUUUGCAGACCGAGACUGCUCCCCUUUGGAUCUACAAGACAUCAGGAACAUCAUCCAACAGUUGGCUAAAGCGUUGGACGCCCUGAAGACUCACAAAGUGAUCCACUCAGAUAUCAAAUUGAACAACAUCAUGGUGGUGGACGGUGCAGAGCAUCCCCUUCGGAUCAAGCUCAUCGACUUUGGGCUUGCUAUUCCUGCCUGCAGAGCAAAGCAGGGCUCUGUCGUACAAACACUCUACUACAAGGCUCCAGAGGUUCUUUUGGGCCUGCCGUUUUCCGAGGCCAUCGACAUGUGGUCUCUGGGCCUAGUGAUGGCAAUACUCCUGACCGGAUAUGCGCUCUUUGAAGGGGCCUGCGAAUAUGAGAUGAUUCGUUUCAUGGUGGAGCUUCUUGGUGACCCUCCGGACCAUCUCUUAGAAGCUGGGAAAUUCUCCACCAAGUAUUUUAGGAAGGACAAAACAGGCCAGUGGAAACUGAUGACGCCUGAGGAGUACUGGAAGAAGGAGAAUCCUGUUAAAGACUACAGGGUCUACACUUUCAGGGACCUGGACAAGCUGGAGACAUUACCCCUUCCUAACAUGACUGAUGUGGAUGCUGAUGAGAAGAAGGAGUGCAUCGACCUGCUGAAGGCGAUGCUUCGACUGGAUGCGGAUGAGAGAAUCACUCCGAGCCAAGUCCUCUCUCAUCCGUUCAUCACGAGAGGAACCCCCCAGCAGAGCUCAGAUCAGGACACCAGAGAACCAGGAUCCCAAACAGAAGAAUCAGGAACCCAAACAGAAGAAUCAGGACCCCAAACAGAAGAAUCAGGAACCCAAACAGAAGAAUCAGGAACCCCAGAGACAGAUGGAAACUGCAGUGAGAUUUAUGAAACAACUCCAUUAACCAUAUCCAUAUUGGUGAAAUCUGCACCUCCUGAAUGCUGCCUUCCAUUGGAAGAAGACUUUGAAACAAGACCUUAUAUCCCUUCGUAUUAUUCUGAGGACUCCAGCAGGGAGCCUGAGACCUCUGACGGUGAGAGCAAAGCUUCAGAAGAUACAGACCUGGAGGAGGAGGAGGAGACGCAAGAGACGACAGAAAAGAAGCAGAAGCAGAAGAAGAAGAAGAAUCGCUUCAUAUGUUUCUGCUGCUGCAUAAAGAGGAAGGUGUUCAGCUGUACCAAUGUCGUGGACGUCCAAGACUGAAUCCCUUUGGUUGAUAUGUAGACUCUUAGAUCUUUGGGUGACACGGUGGCUCAGUGGUUAUUACAAAGGCCUCACAGAGAGGGCUUGGACUCUCUGUGUGGAGUUUGCAUGUUCUCCCCAUGUCUGCGUGGGUUUCCUCUGGGCUCUCCGGUUUCCUCCCACAAAGCCCCGAAAACAUGCAGCGAUUUGAGAUUCAACACUAAAUGGUAACAUCAUUAAUAUUUGGCAUGAAUCAGCAGUUUAUUUGACGACACUCAAAGUUCAAACACACCUUGUUUUCUAGUCUGAAUAAAAAUGCUCAUUGGACUUGUGA